AUGAGGACUGCUGUCCCUCUGUUCACCAUUCUCUACUUUAUGAGCCAAGUUCCACCAGGCGGGGCCCGUUUCAAGGAGGUCUGUGAGCGUCCCAACGGCUCCUGCCAGGAAUUCUGCCUCGACUCCGAAAUCCAAGCCGGGAGGUGUCUGAACGGCCUACCGUGCUGCCUGCCUAUGACGCACGUGCCCCAAGUCGACCCCACUACACCCAGGAAGCGCUGA